GGACGUUCAUGUUCCUUAAUCCCUAUAAUAGUUCGAACAUACUCCAAUUGAGAACUCAAACCACAAACCAAGAUGAGUCCCUUAACCAAAUCUCUUUCUAUUUCUCUCCUAGCCUUAUUUCUCUCUCUCAUCCCAUUGCUUCAAAUCAAAGCCCUUGCCCUUGACACAACAUCAUCCCGUAGUCUUGUUAACACCAUUAAUGUGGCUAGCAACGAGACUGAUUUCCAUGCAUUAUUGGCCUUCAAGUCCAAUAUUUUCCCAGAAUAUCAACAGGCCUUGAGCUCAUGGAAUGAGUCUCUACAUUUCUGUCACUGGGAAGGUGUCAAAUGCGGAAGUCGACACGAACGAGUCACCGUUAUAGACCUCACGUCCAGAGGUUUAACGGGUUCUUUGUCUCCCUACAUCGGAAACCUUAGUUUUCUCCGAGAGCUUAGCCUCUCUGACAACAAUUUUAUUGGUGAAGUUCCAAUUGAAUUGGGUAAUCUUUUCAGGUUACAGAUACUGAAUUUGAGCUUGAAUGGUUUGGAAGGUACAAUUCAAACGAGCCUAUCUCAUUGCUCAAAUCUCAUGUUCCUAAAUGUAGGCGGAAACAAGCUAGUUGGAGAGUUUCCAAAAGAACUGCCUUAUUCAAUGCCGAAACUCGUAUCACUCUACGUUGAGGAAAACAAUUUGACAGGCGGAAUUCAUCCAUUGAUUGGGAAUCUUACUUCUCUGAUAAAGUUUAGUGCUGCUGCAAAUCCGUUAGGAGGAAGUAUUCCAAAUGCCUUGGGUCAAUUGAAAAGUUUAAGAGAACUUUGGUUGGGUGCCACUCAAAUUUCAGGUACCAUCCCUCCUUCCUUAUACAAUCUAUCGUCACUAGUUAGAUUGUCAGUGCCUUAUAAUCGACUUUCGGGUAGUCUUCCGCCAACAUUCGGUUUCAUGUUCCCCCGCCUUAAGGCCCUUCAGCUAUUCGCCAACUAUUUUAACGGUCCCCUACCUCUUUCAAUAUCCAACUGUUCACAGUUGGUACUACUCGAAUUGAAUACAAACAAUUUCACUGGAAAAGUAAGAAAUGAUUUCGGAAGCCUACGAAACCUCCGUUGGAUGAUUCUAUCUGAUAACAAUUUUUUAACUAAGGGCUCCAAUGGACUAUCCUUUCUUAAUUCUUUGAUCAAUUGUAGCAAUUUAGAAUGGUUGGGGGUGGAUAAUAACGAAUUUGGAGGUUUAUUACCGGAUUCUGUGGGUAAUCUAUCAGUCUCUCUUUCUCAGUUGGGACUAGGUGGUAAUCAAUUGUAUGGAUCUAUUCCAUCAACAAUAGGAAAACUUGUGAAUCUGGAAGUCUUGUAUUUGGAAAAUAACCUAUUCACUGGUUCAAUUCCCAGUAGCAUAGGUUAUCUUCAUAAGUUGCAAUUGUUGGUAUUUUCAAACAAUACAAUCUCAGGUGAAAUUCCAGAGUCUAUUGGAAACUUGUCAAUGAUAAUCAAACUUUACUUGGAGAAAAACAGACUCGAAGGAGCCAUACCCUCGAGUCUGGGAGACUGUCGAAAUUUGUUAGAGUUAACACUUGAUGAAAAUAACCUUAAUGGGACCAUUCCAAGACAACUUUUGAUGGUCUCUUCUCUAUCAAUUGCUUUGGAUCUUUCCCGCAACCGUUUGUCUGGAUCCCUGCCACCAGAGAUUGGGUACCUCAAAAGUUUAGCAAAAAUCGAUAUCUCUGAGAAUGUUAUGUCUGGUGAAAUUCCUGCGACUCUUGGAAGCUGUAGUAGCCUUGAAUACUUGUAUUUGCAGCAAAAUUCAUUUCAAGGAUCUAUUCCUUCAUCAAUGGAAUCCUUGAGAGGUAUUCAAAAUUUGGACCUUUCUCACAACAACCUAUCAGGUCAAAUUCCGGGAUUCUUAGGGACUUUUUCCUUGAAGAAUCUCAAUUUGUCCUUCAACAAUUUUGAAGGAGAGUUACCAAUGAGAGGGGUCUUUACAAAUGCAAGUGCAAUAUCUGUUGCUGGAAAUUAUAGGCUUUGUGGUGGCAUUCCUGAACUACAACUAGCUCGAUGCACCAUGAAAAAAUCGAGAAACAAGACAUCACUUUCGCACACCUUAGCAAUCACAAUAGCUUCGGUAGUCGUUGGAGUAACCGCAGUAUCAUCUUUCAUAUGUAUGUUCAAGAAGAAAACAAACACCAAACCUGUUGGUUCAUUGUCGAAAGAUCCAUUCUUGAAAGUCUCUUAUGGAGAACUUCUCAAAGCAACUGAAGGUUUCUCUUCGACAAAUCUGCUUGGUUUUGGUAGUUUCGGCCAUGUGUAUAAAGGUGUUAUUGAACAAAAUGGGGAGUUAAUUGUUGCGGUCAAAGUACUUGACCUCCAAACUCGUGGCGCUACCAAGAGUUUCAUGACAGAGUGCGAAGCCUUAAGGAAUAUUCGACACCGAAACCUCGUUUCGAUCAUAACUUCUUGUUCUAGUGUGGAUUUUCAAGGGAACGAGUUUAAAGCUCUAGUUUAUGAGUUCAUGCCGAAUGGAAGUCUAGAUAAUUGGUUGCAUUCAAUUCCAAACGCAAAUAAUGGCCAACGUGAGUUUGUGGGUCUCAAUCUUCAACAAAGAAUAGACAUUGCCCUUGAUGUGGCUUGUGCACUCGAUUAUCUUCACCAACAAUGCGAAAGGCCAAUUAUUCACUGCGAUUUGAAGCCGAGUAAUAUCCUUCUUGACGGUAACAUGGUUGCCCGUGUCGGAGAUUUUGGUCUGGCUAGAUUUCGUGCGGAGCUCAACACUCCAAGUACAAGUAGUUCUACUGCAAUAAGGGGAACCAUUGGAUAUGCAGCUCCAGAGUAUGGUCUUGGAAGCGAGAUGUCAACUAGUGGAGAUGUUUAUAGUUAUGGAAUCUUGUUGUUGGAGAUGGUUACAGGGAAGAGACCUACUGACGAAAUAUUUGUAGUAGACCUUAAUCUUCAUAACUUUGCAAAGAUUGCUUUCCCACAUCGUGUGAUGGAGAUUGUAGACCCCAUGCUCUUAACUGAGGAGAGACAUGGCAGCAAAAUGGUUGAAUGUUUAAUCCACAUUGUAAAAAUAGGGCUUGCAUGUUCUAUAGAGUCCCCACAAGAUCGAAUGAGCAUAAAUUCUGUACUCCAAGAGCUUCAUCUAGUCAAGAACAAUAUGUUGAAGGGCGACAUGGAUAGCUAGACAUGCAAUGUUGAUAACUCGGGGCAUCCGAGCCAACACAAGCAUAUCUCAAUUAGUGCUGGGAGAACAAUCCACCUUCCAUUAGACAAUGUUGGAGCAAGCAAAAUUCCAAUCACUUUGACAAUGUUGGAGCAAGCAAAAACAGGGGUGGGGAAUCAGACUUCAUAUAUUUUG